AUUUAGCUAAUCGAAUCGUACAUAUAAUUCAGUUCCUUUGUGGCCGCGGUUGAGUCGAGUCGACGGUUCGCUUUCCACCCUUGGUAAUCCGUCUUGAUCCGGUUGCGCACGGGAACCCCUUUCUUGUUGGAUUUGUUUCAUCUUGGCGUUCUUCGAGGAUCAAGGAUAUUUGGCCGGGUUGCCCAGUUUGAGUGCUGUUGCUGCUGCUGCUGGUAGAGUGGAAUAGUUGUGUGUUCAGCCCUUCAGCGCUCAUCACGUGGAUCGUCUCAAUUGAUCACCUGCCAACCUGGGUGUAGGGAGAGAGUGAGUGGAAAUCAAGUGAAUAAGAAGAGCACUAUGGGGGUGGACGGGAGUGAUAAAACGGCCAAGGCCAGUGCCGAAGAGAUGGGAACUAACACGGUGGACACCGAAGAGCUGACCAAGUGGGGCAAGUUUUGUCUCCGGCAUGGAAUCAACCCGAACCUGAUUAUGCUGAAGAUUACGCUGUUCGUCAUGUAUGGAGCUACAUCAUCGCUGCUGCCUUAUUUAACCAUUCACAUGCAGAGCACCGGGCUGACAGUGGAGGAAAUUGCAAUCAUCUACCUGGCUUUGCCGUUCACGACCUUUCUGAGCCCACCGAUCACCGGUAAGUUUAUGAUGUUAUUCUUUGUAUAUUUUUACGCUUUUUUUUGCGCUCACUAUCACGUCAAAAUUGAUCUUGGCAGGGUGCAUCUUUGGUGGGAAAUUGUUUUUUGUCGAGACCAACAGAACUAA